GAAACAUUUCACGGAACAAUAUAAACACGCUAGGGUUUUUGGGAAGAGAAGAUCGAAAUCUCCGAAGGAGAGACGAUGAAGAGGCUAUAUCAUGUCUCCAUCUUCUGCAAAACCGUGUCUUCCACUCGUUCUCCUCUCUCCCACGAUGCUGCCCUCCUCUUUGCCGUCUUCCCUUACUCGGCCUCUGCCACCGCCGCCGGCACCGCAUCCACCACUGGGAAUCACAUGUUCAUGGCCCAAUACCUCAUCGACUCAUGUGGUUUCAACCAGGAGAAGGCCACUGAGGCCUCGAAGCUUCUCAACGGCAUCCAAUCCAGGCAGCAGCCCGACUCCGUCCUUGCUUUCCUCAAAAGUUACGGCUUCGAUGACGCAUCAGUAAAAAGGCUCCUACUUUACUUCCCCAAAUGUCUUCUUUUGGACGUAGAGAAGGCACUUGCACCAAAAUUCCGAGCUUUCGAAGAUCUGGGUCUCUCCCCAUCAGACAUCGUCCACCUCGUCUGGUCGAAUCCCUCCACUGUCAAAUGCAAACACGAACGCACUGUAUCUAAGAUCGAAUUUUGGCAAGGCCUUCUCAGGUCCAAGGCUGCGCUGGUGAAGUUGUUCAAGGAAAACCGAGGGAUUCUUUCAUGCAAUAUUGAGAAGAAGAUCCAGCCCAACCUUGAUUUGCUUCGGGAAUGCGGCUUGGACGGCCCAAAGCUUGCCUCUAUCUUGUGGCAUCGCCCACUGAUGGUGGCACAGAAUGCUGAUUUCUUGAAGUCGUUGAUCAGUCGCGCUGAGGAUUUGGGAGUGCCACGGACAUCGGGGAUGUUCCAUCGCACUCUCUGUGCACUCUUCACGGUCAGUCCAGAGAAGUUCAAGAGGCAAAUGGAAUUGUUCCGGAGCUUUGGGUGGUCAGAGGAUGAUUUUGUUGUGGCAUUCCGGAAAUGUCCUACCUUCCUACAGAAGUCUUUGAUGACUUUGCAGAGAAAAAUGGAGUUCUUGAUAAAUGAGGCUGGAUAUGCCUCUUCUUACAUAGCUAUACGUCCAAUUCUAUUGGAGAGAAGGUUGAUUCCGAGACAUCGGAUCUUGGCAACCUUGAAGUCUAGGGGGCACUGUGAAAGUGAUUACAAAGUUGCAACAUACAUGGUGAUUUCAGAGGCCAAAUUCAUAGAGAAGUACAUUAUGGUCUACAAGGACAGGUAUCCAGAUCUGAGUGAACUCUAUGCAAGCUUAAAGCACUCUAAUGCUUCUGAUUCUGGACUUCAAUGAGCUAAUAUUUAUGCCAACAAGCAUGAAGAUAAGAAGUAUUCACAGAAUCAUGAUCUUGAUUUUGCUUGUCAACAUGCACGAAGAUAAGAACAAUUCAUAGGAUCAUGAUCUUGAUUUUAUGUGUCAAUUGAGCCAAAAGCUCUCAGAUUCAUCACUUGCUAUGUUAGACAAUUGUUACUGCAAGAGACAUCCUUCCUUUAUGAACA